CUUAUCGUGUCAGAACUAUAAGAGGAGGAAUUAAUCAAAUAUUUAUGAUGUCAUGUCGCAAAUUUACUUUACGCAACAUAUCAAGGACGCGCUGGACAGCUUUUAACAAAGUGUUUUAUCACCAGUAAUUACAGGUACUUUACAAUCCCGCGGGGCGGGGGAAAUGGCCUAAUAAAAAAACUGUCUCUUAGUGAUACUGGGCUACGACGUCUCCAUGUUACCAGUAAAGAUGAAGCACUAUCCUUCCGAGAUUCCGGACUCUGGGUGGGUGAGGCCCACCAUCGUCUUCAUGGACAACAAUGACAGAUACGUCCGCCAGUGGCUUCUGGACUGUGAAAAAUACAGUGUUCAAAGUGUGAACAAUGAGGAAAAACCAGACUAUCCCCCCGCCUCACAGAGCGACGCCAGUGAAAUUUACUGCGAGGUGGCAGACAUUGCAACAGAUGACCGGAAAGAAAUUCAGAGGUGGUCCACAUGGCGAAUCAAAGUGAACGAACAACUGAUCAAUAACGUAUUGGUCGUGGACCAGUUGUACGCGGAAAUGGACAGUGACGUCAAAGAGGAUGUGCCGUCCAGCGCCAAUUGUUUCCAGGAAGCUUCCAAAAGCAUGCGCAAAUCCUCAACAGACUUAUCGCUGCCGGAUUUCACCGUGUACGGAAUACCCCGAGUCCGACUUGGAAAGUAAAUGUGAAUUUUGGUUACAAUGUAAUAAUUGUUACUUAUUACAAUCACAGUGCAAUAAUACGUGACAGUGGUUUAGUAUCAAAUGGCAGUGUUCUGUAUAACUGACACAAAAUACCACAAUACCUGCCCCAGUAGUGCUUUCACAUUUGAUAAUAUUCUCGUUUUCCUGUUUAUGUGCAUGUUUCAAGUCAUAUUUCUCAACUGUGUAGAGUGGAAAUGUAUGUGCUUUCAUCAUUUUUAUUAAAUAAAGAAAUAA